GUACAGAACAUUUGCUUCCGUUAUUGAACCAAGACAAAUUCCCCACAACCCAUAAUAGGAAUUACAACGGACCCCAGAUACCACCACCUCCAAUGGCUGCCCGUCUCCCUCAAGUCGCCCGCCUCAUUCUCUUUACUGGCCCAAAUUGUUCCCUUUGUGAUGUUGCAAAACUAGAAUUGGCGAAAGUCAGGCAGUCAUAUCAAUUCGACCUUGAAAUAGUCAACAUACAGGAUAAAGGCCAGGAAAAGUGGAAGAAGAAAUACGUCUACUGGAUUCCCACGCUCCAUCUGGAUGGGAGGGAGAUAGCGAAAGGUCACUGUGAUGCCUCCACCAUGCUCAAGUCGAUGAGGCACCUGUAG